UAGCUUUAUUAUAGAGUGAAAACUACCUACAGCGGGCAGUUGAUGGUAGUAUUGUGUAUACGUGUACAACUGGUUAGGCCUACCAGAGUUUAGUAUGUGACAGCUAGCGCCUGUGUAAGCUAUACCAACCUGUAACCGACGAACCUGUACAGUUACUGGAUCCGUCUACCCUUGUUAAGCGAGAGAAGCUCGGGCAAAUGUUAGGGCCUGAGAGCAGAGCCACCCUCCCCGACACUGAUCUCUUCAGUCCGUGGUUCAAGAAGGGGAUGCAUAGGCCGGGACUGUCGUCCUUCUCCAUCGAGUCACUGAUGGCUCCCCAACCCAGGUUCGCACCCCUCCUCUACAACGGGUACAUGUUCUUACCACCACAGCAACACGGGAUGUUGACAAACCCAGCCUUAAGUGAACUUCAUACCUUAGGAUUACCACCCUUACUGGCUCAGGCACAACUGGCUUCCGGGGCUCACGGACUGUCCACGAACACUGUCAGUUCGGCUUCUUUACAGUCCGGACUUGGGGUGCCAGGGUUUGGCCACUGUGCCCCACACCUUCCCGUCCCCCCUCACGCACAUCAUCACGCUGGCUCGCAUCACCCUAGCCUGGGAGCCGGACUCUUAGUUAGGGGCAGCCCAGGACGGCCCCACCCAGGGGCACACCUUCAUUCCCACUCACCCACUUCUCACUUCCAUUCACCGCACACGGGCAAAGAUAGAGACUCGCUCGCCCGUCCCUCAUCCAGGGACGGCAGUCAUGGCGGCCGGUCUCCCCUAGAGGGGUCCACCUUACCGGGCGGCUUCAGUCAGCAACGUGGCCAUCGCUCAUCAAGUCAGCUAUCGCCGACAAAAUCAGGAAACUACAGCAAUGAUGACAUAGACAGUACUUCUGGGGUUGAGAAGGAAACGGCGGACAGUUCCUCGGAUAAAUUCACAUCUCAUAAUCCUUUGUGCAAUAACAGUGGUGAACCCCACAAUGUCGAGUCACGUCACAGAGCUUCCAAAGGGGGUAAUGUCCAGUCGUCACAUGACACGGGCGCGGACAGCGAUGAAAGAAUGCGAGAAAGUUCUCCUGAACCGCUGGAAAUUUGUGUCGAUAAUACAACAGACUAUUCGGACAGAGAAUCUGCUAACAACAACAACAUGGACGAUGAAUGUGAUGACGGUGACCAGAGUUCGGAGUUUGGUCUCACUUCCGGUUCCGGCUGUUCAAUAUCUACCUCUCCAGCAGGAAAAACCAGACGACGAAGGACAGCCUUCACGAGCGAACAACUUCUGGAACUGGAGAAAGAGUUCCACAGUAAGAAAUAUUUAUCUCUCACGGAAAGAUCUCAGAUCGCGCAAAGUUUAAAACUGAGCGAAGUUCAGGUGAAGAUAUGGUUUCAAAACAGGCGAGCCAAAUGGAAGCGUGUGAAGGCAGGAAUUGUUCAUGGACGUCAUUUAGGGGAGCAGACAAAUAACAAACCUAAGAUUGUUGUCCCUAUUCCAGUUCACGUGAACAGAAUGGCGAUACGAAGUCAACAUCAGCAGUUAGAAAAGACUGUCCGGCCCAUGGGCAACCAGACUCUUUGAGAAACCAUUGUUUGUGUGCUGUACAGUUUAUAUACAUGACUGAACAUAUGUAGCCAAAAUUCGUUUUAUUUAAGAAUGUGAAAACGGAACAGCAUGCCCUCUCCGAAAGCUUCAUGUGAAACUGGUGAUAUUUUCAUGUUUGAUUGAAGAAGAUUUUUUUUACUGCACAUUGACAAGGAAGGAGUCUCUAUGAUUUACGUUUAUUAUUUAACCCUUGUUCUGGAAAGGCUAUCAGACAUCUCACGUGCUUUAUUAAUCAAAACAAGUCCAACACAUUGUUAUUUUUAACGCAUAGCGUUGUUUCAGUUUUUGUGCUCAUGAAAAGAUCAGUUUUGUUGUUUGUUAUGAAAAGGUCUCUGAAUAUUUACAUAAAUGAUUGUAUGCGUGAAAAUGAUGAAUUUUCUCAUGAAAAAAAUCCCCAAAAUGUGGAUAGAACAAAUUCUAAAAUAUUUGAAAUUUUAAAAAAUUCUUUUGUGCAUAAAACGGGUACAUAUUUUCCUAUAUUUUACCCACGUCACGUCUCCAAUAUCACUUGUCUCGAAGGCAUAUCGUGGUCUCAUAUAUUGAUUACAUACGAACAGCUUUAAUCUCUGGCCAAGUUAGUGUGACCCCUGACACCUAAUGACACCUCCUCAAGUUAAUUAUUUCACUUUGAUUAAUUAUUCAAUGUGCCCAUCAAAUUUCAUCUAUACAUUUCCAUACGUCCGCCAUUUUGAUUUUUCUCAUUACCAACAAGGUAUAUGUACAGUGUUUCGUCUCAUUUUGUACAGAAUUUUAAAUUAUGUCUAUCAAAGCGUAUCAUUUUUAAGUUCUUUUUGACAUUUAUUAUAUAUUAUGUUUUAUAACAGAUGGGUAUCAGGAAAGAGCUGUUAAAUAAUAUUAAACU